GUAAUUUCCGCAUUGAUAUUGUUGUAUUUACAGGAGAUUUCUCAAUCUUUGAACAACAUCCUUGUGCAAAUGAUGUCUCCCACAUCGCCCACUCUUCCAUGGCAUCCAAUACCUCGAUCGCCGUCGGGCGAAACAUGCAAAGUACAUUUACUGCAAGCUGGAGGGCUCAACAUACCAUAUGAGCUUACUCUCCUCCCAGGACCUAAUGAACCCAAUGUAUCCACCUCUUUGGAUAACAACAACCAGAAAGGAAAACAUUUCUACGCCCCCGACUACGUGUUCCUAAUCCAGCACACCCCAACAAAAGAGCAAUACGUCUUUGAUCUUGGCAUGAGGACCGACUUGGAGAAUCUGCCUCCAUACUUGGUGAAAAACACACUACCCGUAUUCAAAUGCGAUCCGAUAGCGGCCGCCGACAUAAUCAGAAAGCAUGGCACGCCCGAACAGCAGCCUGAGAAGGCCAAGGCGGUAAUCUUCUCGCACAUGCAUUUCGACCAUGUGGGCGAUGGCGCGAAGGCGGGAUUCGAGAGCGCUGAGCUUUGGGUUGGCCCGACUUGUUGUACAUACGCCCGGCCUGGCUACCCAGUAGAACCCAACGCUCCCGUGUUGACUGAGAACCUUCCCCCGGACGGCAGCAGGAAGAUUGUGGAACUGUUUGUUUCCGACGCACUGCUGGAAAGGGCAGGCGAUAAGCGAGUUGGUCAAGUUCAGGAGGCAAAGUCCAAAGGUCUGUACGAGGCUGUACACUUUCGGGACCCUGGAGAUGAAGGUUGGAUCGGUGUGGCUGCAUUUGAUCGCGCUGUCGACGUCUUCGGAGAUGGGUCAGCUUAUCUCAUCGAUGCGCCUGGCCAUUCUGCGGGUCAUCAGAUGAUGUUGGUUCGAGUGAAGACGGGAGGUACUGAUGAUGACCACUUCGUGCUGCUUGCAGGCGAUUGCUAUCAUCAUCCCGAGCUACUUCAGGACCCUCGGAGCAUGGCUCGACCGCCAUACUCUAAGGGCUCCAUGCAUUUGAUCCCGGAGGUUGCCAUUGAAACUGUGUAUAGGACGAGAGCUUGUGCUCAACGGGAUAACAUUUGGGUCAUCGGCGCCCAUGACUUUAGUGUUGGAAACGAAAUCUGCUCGGAUAGAAAAGUCAUCGAAGGUCUUGUUUCCCUCGACGAUUGGAAAGAGAGAGGGUGGAAAAAUAGACUGGUCUGAUACAUCCCGCACUCAAUGCAAUGCUACAGCAUGUAUUUUGCGUUUUGGUCCGAUGUCCAGUUUCGAGACCGAUGAGUUUUGUAGAUUGCCACACCAUUGUCGAGGAUUGGCCAGACUUGUUCCAUGUCGGGAUAUUCAGUGAUCGGAAAUAGCAUGGUGUAAACAGUGGCCGGAUAGCCAGCAUGAAACAUCGUGCUGACUCAGUGAACAUCCAAGUCGUCAAUUCACCAACAGCGUCUUACCAUGCCGCGUUGUUGUUAUCUCCAUAGUGAUUUUUGUUCCAUAAGCGCAAUUGUUCUUCAGACAAGAAUACCCUGGUGCGACGAAACUCGGCACCAAGCUUGUCUUUGCAAUCAACCAAUCCAGAUGUCCCCUUCGUGAUGUCGAACCCGGAAAUGGGCCCACAGCUAUCGACACAUGUCGCAUCCGCAUACCCAAAACCGCAAGCCCCAAGACCG